AUGCUUUUCAACACAUUCGUUACCGUUGCCAUCACAGGCCUCGCCCAGCUUGCUGCCUCCCAGUUUAUCGACCCCAGCACUGUAACCGACGCAACCAAAGGAACAUCGGGACAACCAAAGGCAAAUACCUGCGAUCCGACCUCCUUAGCCUACUCUUGCAUCUGCAGCAACGGCCAACAACCAAACUCGAGUCAAUACUCCCAGACUAUCCCCUACUACGAAUGUACCCAAUCAGCCACCAACUGUGUCAACAAAUGUGAACAAACAGACACAUCUUGCCAGAGUGCUUGCCGCUCAGACAACCCUUGCGGUGCACAGCAUCCCAUACGGUUGAAUACUUCCACAAUCUCGACCAUGGCGGCCACGACCACUUCUGGUGGAGGCGUGGCCAGCAGUGCAAGCAAUUCCGCUGGCAACACAUUCACUGGCUUUGGAGGGUCAUCCACCGCGUCAAGCAAGAGUGUUGCUCCUGCCCGUAUCCAGGGCCUUGCUCUCGGUCUUGGUGGCAAAUACGGUCUCCUUGUUGUCCUCGGUGGUAUGAUGGGCGGAUUCAUGUUUAUGCUUUGA